AUGUCCAAACUAUCGUUCUUGUCGGGGCCUCGCAGUCAGCAGUCUCCGCCUCGUGAUGAACCAAUAUCACCAAAGAGAUCAACCAGUAGAGCUAUGGCUGUUGCAGUUCAGCAGCAAAAGACCAGGAGGAGGAAAGGUUCAUUGAGGAAGGCUGCAUUACUUGGUCGAGGGGCACAACGAGAUCGAAAAGAGUCAAAGAUAAUCCCUCACGACACCAAUCAGCACACCCAAUACUCCACCAAUGCAUUGCUAAGUCCUACUUCACCCGAAAAUAUUCGGCCUGUCAAUGGUCUUGGCUUGGGAAUAUCUGACGAAACUCCUCGGCCUUCCAUGGAAGGUCUGGCCAAUCGUAGUAAUAACACCUUACUACUACCUAUCAAAACUCUUCCCAUGGGGGCUAAUGACCAUAUCAUCACAUCACCAACAACGGCUACAAGUCCUACUUUAACCUAUGCAUCCACUACAGAUGAGGAAGACUUGCUCAGUAUUCCAUCACACAGCCUACCAGCUGCAGCUCGUAUGCCAACGCCAUCGUCUAGUUCAGAUUCAUACUUUCCGCCUGGCGCUGGCUCGGUAGUUCGUCGGCGACCAUCUCAGAGACAAAAAUCCCCACUAUCCAUUGGUGGACUGGCCACAAGUCCACUUCCUCUACCAGAUGCAGAAUGGGAUUACUCGGAAACUGAAUGGUGGGGUUGGGUUAUACUCAUUGUAACAUGGAUUGUGUUCGUUACUGGGAUGGGUUCGUGUCUAGGGGUGUGGAGUUGGGCUUGGGAUGUUGGAGAAACUCCUUAUGCUCCUCCUGAGCUGGAGGACGAUCCAACAUUACCGAUUGUGGGUUAUUAUCCUGCAUUGAUUAUUUUGACGACAGUAAUGGCUUGGGUUUGGGUAGUUGUUGCUUGGGUUGGUAUGAAAUACUUUCGACAUGCGAAGAUUAGUGGGGAUUGA